AUGAGAGGAAUAUUUGUGGAUUGGCUGGUUGAUGUUGCGGAGAAAUACAAGCUUCUACUAGACACUCUGUAUCUUUCCAUUUCAUUCAUCGACAUAUUCUUAUCCUUGAAUGUUUUCAAUAGGCAGAAACUUCAACUGUUGGGAGUUUCUUCAAUGCUCAAUGCCUUGGCAGGCAUUCAGAAUGCAAUUGAGUGCGAGAAUUAUGCUUUGGCUGCAGAGUUACAGGAUGAAAUUUCCAAACUCGAGGCUGCUUCCUUGGCAGCAUCAGCAAAAGCUCUGGCAUAUGAAAAUGGACAAUAUACAUUUCGUUUAGGACAAAAAAUGGAGCACAAAAAUUUCGGUAUACAACCAUUAUGCCAUUUUCUGGAUUAUUUCUGCCUUAUUUAG